GGCAAUUAUGGAUCAGUAGGUCUGUGCCAACGAGAAGAGAAAAAAGACAAAUUACCAACAAAUUGUUUUGAAGACAGAAAUAAAAUUGAAACACCGACGAAAAUGAGUAUAAAAGAACUAGUGGACCAGAGUACCGGCCAGCAAUGUCGCUUGUGUCUUCAUUGGAUAGAUGAUGAUGCAGUUUCUGCUGAACAAAUGGUUGAUAUUUUCACCUUCAAUAAUGACUUGAAUGCCUCCCUCGCUGACAAAAUUCGCGAUUGCUUGGGAUUAUACAUUGAUCCUGCUGAUACUGUCAGCAACAUUUGUUCGAACUGCGCGCACACGAUUAGUUUUAUAGACGACUUCCGGAUCCUUUGUCACCAGACCCAAAAGAUCUACGAUUCGGGACAGUUCCGUUUCAACAAAGUGAUAGAAUGGCAAUGUUAUAAUAAUCACGCCAGCGAACUACGGGUGCUACUUCGCGGAUACCGGGAAUGGGUUGAUAACAUUGUGAACGACACCAGGAUUGUGGAUCCAGCAGUUAUUUGCAACGAACUCGAAGAUAUAGCUUCUCCCGAAUUUAUUCAAAUUAAGGAGGAACAAGAUGAGAAUGAGCCAGAGUGCGAUGAGUCUCUCCCAGCAGUAAAAACGGAAGAGGACACGAGUGAACCAGCUCCAGAGUCCACUGAAGAUUCGAACAACAGCAAACCUCCCCGGAGGCGAAGAUCGAACAAAAUCAAAUCUCCCAUCAUUGAAGACCGAUUCACGACAUUCCAAUUAAAGCUAAAAAUCGCACAUGAACUGCAAGAGCAACAACUUGAUAAACCUGACUUGAAAGCUGUUUCCGAACACAUGAACUUAGAAAUUCACAAGAUAAAACAAUUGUGGCGAGAAAUGGUAAAUUUCUACAAAAUGUCAAAAAAAGGUGCCUAUGCAGGACAUCAGGCUUAUAUUUCUCGCUGCCGCAGAUGUCCAUUGUUCAUCACAUUGAACGUUAUAAUUCCAAAAUACGAAAACCAGAAACCAUAUGAAGAGAGUAAUAUUAACAACUCGAAAAAUAACGCUAUGAUUAAUUUUAUAGUCAGAAGGAAAUCAUCUAUUGACCAAGACGUAGCCAUCGCGGAGGAAAUAAAGGCGCACCCAGAAUUGUGGGAUUUAUCUCUCAAUUGCACCGCACAUGGCAUGAAAAUUGCGUGGAAGAAAGUACAAAGGAAGUUGGCGAUGAACAUACGCACCUUGCGCAAUCGUUGGCGUCAUUUGCGAGAUGCCUAUCGUGCUCAUAAACUACGCGAGCUGAAAGGCACUCUGAAACAGGAACCAGCAAACGAGAAGUAUGAGUAUCUGAUUUCACUACUGCAGCAAAUAGUAGGGCACACUAUGUCCUUCGAGGAUCCGGAGGAUUCCGGAGGCGAACAGAAUGAACGGACAGAAACGCCGCUGGGAGAAGAUGGUGUCGAGGAAAAGAAUGACGACGGCCAGCGACUAGCGCUGGCACAAGAGGUCCAAAAGUAUCCCAUCAUUUGGUGCUACAAACAUCCAGAAUUUCUUGACACUGAGACGCGGGAUCUUACCUUCGAUAAAAUUGCUGAAAAAUUGUCAAGCGAUCGUGAAACUGUGAAGCAAGAGUGGGCACGGUUAAAGAAUACGUUCCGCAAUAGAUAUUUACGUCUGUUGAAGGGACAACUUCGGAGUGACGAUGCUCUGAUUGUUGAACCGCUUUAUAAAGUGCUCAAAGAGAUGUUGGGAGAAACCACUGAAAACCGGAAAAAUGAAGAGGAAGAUCCAGAUAAGAAGUUCGACAACGAAACUAAGCUGGAGUUUGCUAAAAUUUGCUACGAUAAUGAUAUCCUCUGGAAUAUGAAACAUCCAGACUACAAUUCCCAAGAUAAACGUAAUGCGGUCUGGACCCUAAUAGCCGCGCAGUUUGGUGUGACCCUAGAAAAAAUUAAGGAAGAAUGGUUUAGCUUGCGUAGAAUGUACCGAGGUCGGUACUUGCGUGCCCAGCGCAGUUCGAGUAAAAAAAAGCAAAGCGUAACACCGGAGGACCCUUUGCUUCAUCUGAUGAAAAGCUUGUUCGAGGAGCGAAUGAAUAGCAUUUAUGCUCGCAAAAAGGAUGAACAAGAUCUGGAUGGGCAUAAAAAAGCUACUGAAACAACGCAAGUAGAUGAGACUGAAAGGAAAUCAUACGGUACACCAGAAGACAGGAUGAGGCUGUUGGAGGAAAUAUCCGCGCAUGAUAUCCUAUGGAACGUAAAUAACCCCCAACACACCAAAAGGGCACUGUAUGUGCCAGUGUUUGAAGAAAUCGCAGCCAAAUUAGGCAAAACUCCAUCAAUUGUAAAAGAAGAGUGGCAGAGGCUCAGAAGAGUGUAUCGAAAUCGAAAGCGUAGGAAUGUUCUCGAUCUUGGAAACUCAAAUACAGACCCGUUGUAUGUCCUGCUAGAGAAACUUCUCUCACCCAAACCAAGAGAAACUGUUGAUUAUGCUUCACAGAGUGAAGAAGAGGCAUAUCCCAAGCGUCGAUACGUUGGAAAGCGAACUUUCAGUAACGACGGAUGUAUAAGGAUUGUAGUCAAGGGAGUUGCGCGAUAUGUAAAAGUGUGCGAGCUUUGCGGCAAGCAGGUUGAGAGAUCCAAUUUUGAGUACCACAUGAAUACACACUCUGGUCACACGCCGUACGCGUGCUCCUUCGAAGGAUGCGAUAAACGGUAUGGCAAUAAGACAACUCGCGACCGGCACGAAGUAUUGUGCCAUGGUGAAGAUGGUUACUUAUUUCAGUGCGAUCAGUGCGAUAGAAAGUUCAAGCAGAAGGGCAAGUACGAGUGUCACUAUGCUGUCAAGCAUAAGAGUCAGGAACUUCCGUGCAGUAUUUGCGGCAAACUGUUGCCGCACAAAAGUAUCCUUAAAAGUCACAUGCGCACUCAUAUAAAAAACUAUGAGUGUAACGUGUGUGGUAAAGUGCUUCAAAAAAGGUGGACAUUAAAAAUCCACAUGCGCGUUCACACCAAAGAGAAACCAUAUCAAUGCGAGCUUUGCGAACAACGAUUCAUGCUGAAGGUUCAAUUGAAGACUCAUUUGCUGAAGGUACACGGGGUCGUGUUGGAAGAGUUGCAAGCAGCAACAAUGGCAAUCAAAAAAUCGUUAAAUGCCCAAAACUCUGGCCAGUACUGUCGCUUGUGUCUCCACUGGAUAGAUAGUGAACUUUGUGCAUUUCAGUUGGAUAAAUUGAAUUCCACGCUAGCUGACAAAAUUCGAGAUUGUUUAGGUUUGCGCAUCAAUAAAGAUAAUUCCGUGAACAGAAUUUGUUUGAAUUGUGAGCAAACGAUUCGUUUGAUAGACGAAUUCCGGAUCCUCUGUCAUCAAACGGAAAAUCUUUACGAAUCAGCACAAUACUUCAAUAACGAUAUCUCGAAAUGGCAAUGUUAUAACGAACAUGUAACCGAACUACGGGUGCUUGUUUGCGAACAACUGGAGAGGGUUGAUAGUAUGUUAGAUGAAGCCAAACUCGAAGAUCCUGUUGUCGCUACCGUCGAACUCGACAAUGUAUUUUAUCCCGAGUUUAUAAAAGUGGAAGAGGACGAAACGAACGAUGAGCAUCCAGAAGAGAGCAGCCUCGUUGAGCCUCCUUUAGUCGUCGAAAACGAUGUGGACUCUAAUGAACCGAUUCUAGGAACUAGCGAAAGCCCGAAUAACGUUAAACCUUCCCCCAUCAAAAAAGAAAUCUCAAAAUUUCAAUUGAAGCUGAAAAUAGCUCAAGAGUUGCAAAUCCAAACGUCUGAGAAACCAGAUUUGAAAGCUGUUAGCGAACAGUUUAAACUAGAAAUGCCUGAGAUGAGACGUUUGUGGGUCAUGAUGAAGCAUUACUAUAGAUUACACAAGAAGCGUGCUUAUGCGGAAUACAAGCCUUCUAUUUAUCGCUGUCGCGAGUGCCCAUUAUUCGCCGUGAUGAAUGUUCUAGUUCCGAAAUUCGACGGCGACGAACCGUAUGUAGAGCCCAAAACCAUUAGCGGGAAGAAAAACGACGGAAAUCGUAUAUCUCUUGAAUUGAAGGUGGCUAUUGCUGAGGAAAUAAGGAUGCAUCCGGAGUUGUGGAACUUGUCGCUUAACUGCUCCACACACAUUAUGAAUGAUAUCUGGAAGGAAAUGACCGGGAAAUUCGCAAUGGACAUACAAACGUUGCGAGCCCACUGGACUCGUUUGCGAGGACUGUAUCGUACGUACAGAUUAAGCAGACUGAAGGGCACUCAGACACGGGAGUCCAAAAACGAGAAGUACAAUCAUCUCAUUUCCGUGUUGCACGAGAUGCUCGAGAGCUGGGUGAACAUUCCACUUUCGGUGGGCUCUACUGAAGAUAUGGAUACGCCUGAAGAAGUCGAGAAAGUUGUUGAGGAGGAGAAUAAGGAGGGUCAACUCCAGCAAAUGAAACAACAAUUGGCGCUGGCGCAGGAGGUCAGAAAGUAUCCAAUCGUUUGGUUCUAUAAACAUACAGAUUUUCACAACACAGCGAUGCGAGACCGGACUUGGGAAAAGAUCGCAGAAAACUGCGCCAUAGAUCGUGAAAGUGUGAAACUGGAGUGGGCGCGGCUAAAGGAUAUGUUCCGUAAAAGACAUUUACGCCUACAGAACGGACAACUUCCAAGUGAUGAUAUUCUGAUUGAUGGACCCAUCUAUGAUGUACUCUAUGACAUGUUUCUGGAAAAUACGCAAUUGGGAUCGAAAGAUGAACAGACAACCGACGAGGAUAGUGCUGAAAGUGGAAAUGAAGCAGGAAAUCUAGAUAAAAAAAAUGAUGAAGAGACUAGAAUAGUGUUUGCUACCGUUUGCUACGAAAACGAUCUCCUCUGGAACACGAAACAUCCAGACUAUUAUUCGCAGCACAAGCGUAAUGAAGUGUGGGAACUGAUGGCGUUGCAGUUUGGCGUACCCGUGAAGGAAAUAAAAUACCAAUGGAAAGCUCUUCGUGAUUUUUACCGAUAUCGUCAACGGCGCCUUCAGAAUGGUUCGAUCAAGAAAAACGAUAGCAUAUUGAAGACACCUUUGCAUCAACUGGUGAAGAGUAUGUUCGAAGAACAUAUGCAAGUGGGAAUACAUCGCCUCGCCGACACCACGGAAUCUAGCGAAAACUGUUCUGAAGCACAUGAUGAUACUCUAAAGGAGCAGCAUCAUUCUCCAAAGCCAACCGCAACUGACGAUGACACCCAGAUAAGUGAAGAUGUUACAUAUCCCAAACGGCGAUACACAGGAAAACGACGUUUCAGCGAUGUUGGGUGCAUAAAGAUCGAUAUCAACGGGAAAAAGCGUUACGCAAAAGUGUGCGAGCUCUGUGGGAAGCAAGUUGAGAGGUCCUAUUUCGAGUACCACAUGAAUGGACACUAUGGAUUAGCGCCGUACGCAUGCUCCUUCGAAGGGUGCGAUAAACGGUAUGGCAAUAAGACAACUCGCGACAGGCAUGAAGUGGUGUUUCAUGGCGAGGACGGUUACGUAUUCCAGUGCGAUCAGUGCGACGAAAAGUUCAAGCAGAAGGCCAAGUACGAGUAUCACUACGCUCUCAAACAUAAGAACGAGAAGGUUCCUUGCAACAUUUGCGGCAAAGUAUUCAAGCACAAGUCUAUUGUCAGAGAUCACAUGCGUAUUCAUAAGACCAAUUAUGAGUGCCAUGUUUGUGGUAAGAUAUUGCAGAAAAAGUACUCCCUGGAUGUCCAUAUGCGUAUUCACACCAACGAAAAACCAUACCCAUGCGGGCUCUGCGAGAAACGGUUUAUGUUGAAGGUACAAAUGAAGACCCAUCUGCUCAAGGUACAUGGCGUCGAGAUGGAGGAGGUGCAAGUAGCGAUAACGACGAUUAAAAGUUAACGUUAUCGUAAAAACAUUCGAUUUGUUCAAAAACUUAUUCCAAAGAGAAAACAUGUAGGGAACUAUAACUAACCUGGAGUAAGUUUCAUUAUUAUAAUUCUGAAAUAAUAAGUAGUUGUGCUGCAAAUUAUGCUGUUUACUUUACUCAAUGAGGAUAAAAGGGUCUUAUCACGAACGUCACUUCACGGUGAAAACGAAAUGAUUUGUAUGUAAGGUUGUAUGCACUUCAUUUUUUCAUUCACAACUGCCUGCAACGCUACAUUUCGCUCAUGAAUCUUGUACAUUAACAAAAAUUUUGUGUUAUAACUUUAUUCACUAAUAUUAAAUACUAGCUGACCCGGCAAACUUCGUCUCGCCCAAAAUGGAUUUCUUGUUUUCAAUGCCUUCAAAUAUUCACGUUUCUGGUUCCAAUCCCAGCACUGUUCAUUGAUUGAUCUUCUAAUUGACCCUUUAAAAUUUCUUUCUACUAUAAAUUUCCCUGUACUCCUACCAAAACUCGUCAUUAUAAUAAAAAAAUUAUUUUCAGACACAAUCGUUCAAGAUUUCCAAUCACUUGCAUAUAAUAUGUUUCUCCGUUAUAUGGAAUACAUGUUCGAUACAGGAAAUAUAACAAGUAUAGACAUCUCAAGGGGGACCCCUGUAUGGAUAUUGACGGAUAAUUGACGCAACGUGACGUGACGGAACGUAAUCGUGACAUGGAUGUUGUAUGUGAAUCGCACUAUAUCGAUACCACUAGCUGAAAAAACAUGGUUCCAAGAAAAACGCGUUCGAAAAUUCGUACAGCAAUACUGUAGCUGUAACUUUCCAACGAAAUGAAAUACACCCAGUUUUUUACGCGGUUUUUUACGAGGUUUUUUUUAUGCGGAUUUUCCAAUUUACGCGGUUUUUUUUGACGCGGAUUUCCCAAUUAACGCGGUUUUUUCUUACGCGGAUUUUCCAAUUAACGCGGUUUUUUUUACGAGGUACGUAUCCCCCGCGUAGAAAAAAACUUGGGUGUAUCGAAAAAUCAUUUUAAGAUAACAUUUCUGAGGGCAUAAGCUGCCCAAAAAUGUAAAAAACAAAAAUUCGAGUUUUCCUCUGGAUUCUAUAAUCGUUAUGCGGUGCUCAGUACCCAGCGCUCAUCUGCGUUUACCCCGCAUUGCUAGGAUUUUGGAAUUUUUGGUCUGCACCUGUUGAAUGAAAAUAAUAAUUUUUAAUUUACUUGCUUCUCCUAUUGAUAAAAGGUCAAUCAAUGAUGUCUCAUCGACGUUGAAUUGCCCUACUGGUGGAAUGUUGUAUUUCUGCUGUACGUCCUCCGAUAAACCGUAGAAUUUCCCGACUGCAAUCCUUGUGCCCUGGCGGCGGAAGAUGCUCCUGGUGGCCGAAGUGAGAGUUGCGGGUGGCGCUUUUGAAAACCAACCUGUGGGGGCACUACGUCACUGCCAGCACUUUCAUUCUUUCAAAACACAACUGAGUGCACUUUCCUGCAGACCACACGUUAUGAUUGACAUUUCCCAUUUCCGCAAGAAUCUAUUUCGGCCACCCUUAGGGCAUCCAUACCAGGGGUUAGACAUCAAUUGAAUAUUGGCUACCCAAAAUCAAAAUCAAUAUGGCGUCAUUUGUUUACCAACAUAUCAUUUGCGAGGACUGAGAUGGUUGAAAUCACGGAGAUAACGCUGCUUUAUUUCUAACUGCAUGAGCGAUUUUCAUACUUCAGUUUCACAUGGAGGUGUUCACAUUUAACAUGGAGUUUAAAGUUAGCCACUAUUCGACUAUAUAACCGGACCGAGUUGUAAACAACAGUAAUUGACAGAACCAAAAUAAACAAAAAAGGGGUCUUCGUAGCCUAAUUGGUUGCGUGUCCGCUACUAAGCGAACGAUCAUGAGCUAAUAACUCAGGGCCCCUCAACUGACCAUCUUUGUGUGUUAUUCUAGCUAUUACGUCCACGCAACAAUCAUCAUGUGUCGGUAAUCCCAGUCCCUUACCGCUCACAUUACGAUCUGCUGCAUCGGUAAUUGGUGCUAAUUCUAACACAGCAAUAGAAGCCUCAUAUCAGCAGUCCCGUUGUGAACAGUCCAACUGUGAACAUUCGAACAAUAGCAAUAUUCUAACGCCGAAAAAGGCGGCAUGUGUUGUGUAUCGAUAGAAAUGGAAUACUCGGCAUGUGUUGUGUGCGAUAGAAUUGGAAUAUUCUUAGGCCUAAACAGCUACUGUGUUAUACAUUAAAAAAAAACAAAUGUUUAUCGAUGGAUAGGAAUCUUAAGCCUAAAUAAUAUACAACAAUAGUUAUCUGAACAUAAAAAUGUAUACGAAUAAAUUCGGCUCUGUGACAGCUGAAUUGCUAAAUGAGCCUAAUAAACGGAUGGGAUAAAAAAAAAAGAACCAAAAUGUCAGUGAACCGCUGCAAUAUUAUGGGCACCUUACACGAUCAAACUGAUUGACAAUAAGUGUCUUCAAUAUCGUGACAGCUAGGCUUUCGACAUCCGAUCUAACCUCAAUCAAUAUUUUGCCACCUUACACGGUCAAUAUCGCCCUCAACCCGAGACAACGAAAAUAUCCGCGAUGGCUAGUGGUGACAUUCGAGUUUGGGAUCCAAACUAUUCUCCAUCAGAUUAGAAGGCUAAAUUGCAAUUUUCAAUUGGUAAAAUUUGAAUGAAAAUAUCUACUUUGUAUUAUUUAAUUAGUUGAAGCGCGUAGUCCUAACACUAACUUAA